AUCUCCCUUUGGAAAAUGUAUACGAAGCGGCUGAGGGCCGGGACGCGCUGUUAUACCGACUGCAAGAGGCGGGAAAGGGUUCUGGGGCCUAACGGGCCUAUUGCGGCUCCUCUCCUCUGCGGGAAUCCCCGCCCACGCCGGAGAACUACGCGUCCCAGCAUGCCCCGCGUGGCGGGAGAGGGCGGGCCUACAGCUGCGCCUGUGCACUGCCUCCCCGCCGGGCCCGGGCGCAGCGGUGACCUCGAGCGGUGGUGGGAGAAAAUGGCGGCGGCGGGGUUCGCCCUGAAGGUGCGGCAGCUGAGCACGUCGGCGGCUCGGCCGGUCUCCAAACUGGUGAAGCCGCCCAUCCAGGUGUACGGGCUGGAGGGCCGCUAUGCCACCGCGCUGUAUUCCGCCGCCACAAAGCAGAAGAAGCUGGAGCAGGUGGAGAAGGAGCUGAGCCGUGUGUCGACUCUUUUGAAGGACCCCAAGCUGUCCAGCAUUAUUAUGAACCCUCACACCAAGGGCACAGUUAAACAAAAAGCUGUAAAUGAUGUUUUAGUUAAAGAGAAGAUGUCCCCUGUUACCACCAACCUGAUGAACCUGCUUGCUGAAAAUGGUCGCUUGCGCUACACUCCGGGCAUUGUUUCUGCUUUUGGGAAGAUCAUGAGUGCAUUCCGAGGAGAAGUGCUGUGCACAGUCACCACUGCACAGCCCUUGGAUGAUGCCAGCCUUACUGAGCUAAAGAGUGUUCUGAAUGGAUUCUUGGCUAAAGGAGAGGUCUUGAAGCUGGAGACCAAGACUGAUCCCUCCAUCCUUGGUGGAAUGAUCGUCAAUAUUGGGGAGAAAUACGUGGAUAUGUCGACAAGGUCAAAGAUCCAGAAACUGACCAAAAUAAUGAAAGAGGCUGUCUAGUAAGCUGUUCUCUUUGUUCACAGUGAAACCUGUCACAUGGAAACAAUAAAAUUAUUCUUCUUGAA